AAUUGGUGUCAGGUGUGGGGUAUGGCGAGUAAAAGUUUAUUAUUGAACGAUUUGAAGGUGGCAGAGUUAAGAAACGAGUUGGAAGAAAGAGAUCUCGAUGCAAGUGGCAAGAAAAGCGAACUGAGACGGAAACUUCGUCUCGCGUUGGAGGAGGAGGGUAAGGAUCCGGACACUUUCGUAUUUGAAAUUACUUCCGCUGUCGGCGUCAGUACAAUUGUAGAGAAAAUUGGAGAAACUUGUAGAAUUUUAACGGAAAAAGUUAUCGAUAUGGAGGAGACAUCAAAAAAUUUUAAGGAGAAAGUUAAUAAGGAUAUUGAAAAAUUCGAACAACAGAUUAUUGACAUAAAAUUACAAAUAGCGGCUUUUCAGAUGUCUGAACCCAAGGACAAGUCAUGUAAGGACAACGACACAGUACGUCAGAGUACAUCGCAUUCGGCCAUCGAUACAGAACUGACGAAGAUGCACUUGAAAGUACCCGAAUUCGACGGUAAGACAUGCUGGAGUAAUUAUUACCGACAAUUUGAAGCAGCGUCCAGAGCAAAUUCUUGGACCGAUUCCGAAAAAGCUUUGGCAUUAACAUUAGCCCUCCGUGGAGAGGCCACGAAUAUUCUGCAGACUGUUAGCAUCAAGGAACAGGAUGAUUAUAAUGUUCUAGUCAAACAUCUGGAAUUGAGAUUCGGUCAAAGUCAUCUGGAGCAUGUAUAUCAUUCUCAAUUGAAAAACCGUGUUCAAAAACAAAAUGAAACUCUGCAAGAAUUUGAAGCUGAUGUUGUUCGUUUAGCUCGCCUCGCAUACCCAGCCACUCCCGAGAAUGUGAUGGAGCGCUUGGCUAUUCAAGCAUUUUUAGAUGGUCUUCGGGACCAAGAAACAAGACGGGCUUUAAUUUUAGCUCGCCCUGAAAAAUUAGUCGAUGCUUUGGCUCGUGCAUUGGAGUUUGAAGCGGCAAAAGACACAUGCAGAGGUUUAGUACGAGUCCGUAUGAUGGAGAAUAGUCAUGAGGAGGCUACUAUCGAAGAAGAAAUUGUAAGAAGGGUGAUUAAGGAAAUGAUGCCUGUAAAAACACGUUUACGAUGCUGGCACUGCGGGAAAGUAGGUCACGUGCGAAGCAUGUGCAAAGAAGCUGCACAUAUAAUUGUCAAAAAAAUCGCUACGCUGCUGGGAUUGUGGCAAGUUAGGACAUUUACGUGGUCACUGCGAGAGAGAGGUUGA